UAAUCAUGGCGUCCGUAGAUGGUAAGCGAAGUUAUUGUACAGAUGCUGAUGUGAAAACAGCUGGAGACGAGUUGAUAUUUGAAACGGGUGAAUCUGAAGCUACUACGGAUAGUGUCACUCAACAGCAAUCAGAUGUUGGCAAUGAUACAGAUAUGGUAACAGAGUGUCCAGGUACUAGUGCUAUCACGGAAUCGGGUGAUAUGCAGGAAGAUGUAGCGAACAAGGAGAUGGUGGAUUUUAAAGUUGUGUUUAACAAGCAGAGGUUAGAUGUUAGCUUUCCUGUGGAUGACAAAGUCAGCUCUCUUAAAGCACAUAUUCACAAAAUCACAGGAGUGACACCUGCGAUGCAAAAGCUCAUGUUCAAAGGCCUAAUGCAAGAUGAGAAGACAUUGCGUGAGCUUAACGUGUCAACUGGCGCCAAGCUAAUGUUGGUUGGUUCCAAGCUGAAUGAUGUGAUUGCUGUUAGCAGCGUUAACCCAGAGAAGAUUCGAGCGGAGGACAAGGCGCAAGAAUCUGUGAAAAAGGAGCCUGUUUCUAGACAGAAAAUGCAUAAAAAAGUAAUUGAUAGAGGAAUACCUGAAGAUUGCAUGGCUGGAGUAAAAUCAGUAAAGGAGAGACUCCCACCAGUACCUGUUCAUGGCUUCAAUAAGAAUGGCAGCAAAGUGAGGCUUACAUUCAAACUGGAGUCUGAUCAGCUGUGGAUAGGAACGAAAGAACGAACAGAUAAGAUUCCAAUGGCAUCCAUCAAGAAUAUCGUGAGUGAAGCCAUAGAGAAACAUGAGCAGUAUCAUAUUGUGGGAAUUCAGCUGGGCCCAACGGAAGCCUCACGAUACUGGAUUUAUUGGUUCCCUGCUCAAUACGUGGAUGCACUGAAGGACACAGUCAUGGGAAAGUGGCAGUUCUUCUGACGUUUGUAUCAGUGCAGAUGUGCGUGGCAGAAGCUUCACAACUCUAAUGCUGUAUUGAGUUGUAGCUGCGCACGUGUGUGCAUGUGUGCCAGUCUAGGGAAGCGAAGUUGUGAACUCGUGGAAAGAUGUGCAUACUUUAGAGAUAACAAAUUGCUAGUGUUUCAACAAUGUAGGUCACAUCCCUUGCUUGUCUUCUCAAAUAUGUCACCUUUUCUCUCAGGCAUCGCUUUCAGGAAUCCAGGGACACAAAUUAUUUCAAUUUUGUCACUGCUGGAUUGCUACAGUACAACUCCUUUUCGUACCUACAUUUCUCCUGCGUACAGUGUUGAUAUCGUAUGUGUCCCUUAUUGGAAUACUGUGCAACAGACUAGAUCUGUAAUAUUGUCAUCGUUUAGAAGUCGAGGCUUAGUUGUUGCAGGUUAAGGAAUUUGUGAUAACGAAGGUUUGUGCUGAGUAAAUCCUGGUAGCCGUCUUGUCAGGGCGUGGUGUGAGCUAGUGAAUUCAGAGUGUAUGCAUGUAACCCAUGUGAAUAUGUUAUUUUUGUGUUCGAAAAUAUGAAUUGUACUUUGUAAAUAUUGUUCAAAACAUGCAUCUGCAUGCGUGUAAGUGUAUAUGUGUUUGCGUCCGUGUGUGCAUCCGCGCGUGUAGGCGUGUGUACGUGUGAACAUGUAUGUGUGCAGUCUUAGUGUUAAAACCCAGUGAUUUAUGAAUGCUUCAUCACCGAUGUUUCGGAAAACUAGAGCUUGUAGUGUGUCUGUAAAUCUGUCAACAUGAAUAUUAUGCAGUGGAAAUGGUUAAGGAAUCUAUAUGCCUUCUUCGUUUACUAGUUUUGACAUAAACAGAUAGUCAUCAUAUCAAUAUGCAUACUACACAUUACAGUGGUGUAAUGGAUUUCGAAGCAGCUUGAUUAAUUUGUCAGUUUGUACUAAUCACAUUCAUGAAGAAGUACGCACAAAAACAUAGAUGCUUGAUUAAAAAUUCUUAUUUGUUAAGCAUAACCGAUGCUCCUGCUGAUUAUAAUGCUGACAGGUAGUAUGCAGAUAUAAUGUGUAUUCAUAUGCACCUAUAUGAAUAAGCUGGGUGAAACAAGCGUGCGCACCGCACCGGUGUAAUAUAUCGAGUCCGGAGCGUGGAAUGGUGGUGGAUUACUGAACACCACGAUUCGCUAUACAUGAUUUCAGAAUGUAGAACCUUGUUCCGUGCGUUAUUCACGUAGCAGAUACAUAUAUAUCAAUGUACCUGUCAAUAUGGCAGAUACUUUGUUGAUCGCAUAGCCGCUGGUUGGUGCAGACAGUACGCAUUGCGUUUUUAGUCCCUUAUUUAUUUAAAGCCAUAUCCACUUAUACAAUACUGUGCAAAAAGCUUGAAAUGUUAUAUUUGCUAUUAAAAUGCAUUUUUCAAUAACGUA